CAUCAGUUCCUGCGACCUUGUGGAGGGGGUUCCCGAUGAUGGGCGACUAGACUUCUACCACAGAACAUCCAGUAAGGUUGUGCGACAAGUAUUCCUGAAGGAUGAGGCAACCAAAAUGGCCUAUCACAGACGACUCGCUGCCUACUUUAAACAGUGCAAGGACAUUUCUAGGAAGUGUGAGGAGCUUCUGUACCAUCUACUGGCAGCCAAGGAUAUGACUGAGCUCCGUGCAGUGCUGACAGAGAGAGAGGUUUUUGAACACGUGUCCCAAGACAAGCACAAGCAGUACCUGAUGAAGGCCUGGCAACACCUUGGGGGAUACGAAGAGGCAGCCGCUGCCUACACUGACUUCCUCGAGGAAUACAUUGAGUCUCAAAACCUUAAGGAUACUGAUGAAGGUUACCGACUCCAGACCCGAGUAGGCUGGUUCAUGUUGGACAUAGGUCAGUACGAUCAGUGCCUUGAACUUCUGUACAAGGUCAUCGAGGGCUCCCUGAAAAAAUAUGGUGAAAAGGCAAAGGAACUGGCUGACCCAUUGUAUGCAGUCAUGACUGCACUUUACAGAAAAGCUCUCACAUUUGUGUACAACUCCCACCCUGGGUACCAAUCCAGCAGGAAAUAUGGGGAAAAGUAUGCUCCUCAGUGUGAAAUGAUUCACCGCCUACACUGGGCACCUGAUGACGAUUACUUGGGGCAGGUGUUGUUGACCUGUGGAUAUUUUAAGGGUUCACUCCUGCAGGACGGCAGAAAAAUCUUCAAAAAGACCCACAACAAGAAGGGUCUGGCGGAGGUUCUGUACAUGCUGGGGGAAAGUGAACAGUACGCUACGGACAUCAGAGUUCCAGAGGCCUACUUUGAACAGUCCAUGGCUCUGUGCCUUGCCUCUUUUGGUCGAUAUCAUCUGAAGACUGCACGAUGCUACCAGCUGUAUGGGCAGAUGUACUGGAACAAUUGGAGCAUCAAGUCAGGGCAUAUGGAGUGGCUUGAAAAGUGCCUGGAACUGUACAUGAUGGAGCUGGAGAUCCUUGAGGAGGUCCAGGGGAAGCUCCAUCCCAACACGGUACGAUCCCGGGAAGAUGUGAUCAUCAUCCUCCAGAACCUUGACAGACAUGUGGAGGCCAUGAAAUACAACCAAGAUCAACCGGCUGAUGCCAAGACCAUUGUAUAACUGUGUCCGAAUGUUGUUUGUUCAUGUAGUUUGUGUCCGGAUGGUGUUUGUGGAAGUAGUUUGUGACACAAUAUUCAACCAUCUGAUCAUUGCUAAUCAAUUCUGUACAUAAAAAUAUGAUUGGAUCAUGCUUAAAAAUUAUUGAAAGGCGGGGUCAUUGAAUUUGUACAUGGCAUUCGGGGGUGGAGGUGUGUGGUUUCACUUACUUUGUACAUACAUUUUAUGGGGGGUCAUUCACAUUGUACAUGCUUCU